CCCAAAAGAUGCCGUCCAUCAAUGAAAAUGAACCGUGCUUAGAAGAAGACGAUUCUGCACUGAAAUCGCAACCCUUUCAGAAGUUGUGUUCCCUUUCCUCCGUCUCAGUAGCCGUUGGAGGAUCUUCUCAAAGCUCUCAGCUCAUUCCCUCCAUUUUCAUCACCUCUGCAAAAUUCCCGCCUAAGUUACACUGAUCUUCUCUUCAUCUUUUCAAUUCAUCCUUCAAAACCCUAGCUAUGAAUUCCUCAUGAAAAGCUGCUCUUUUGUGCAUUACAUGCAAAUACUCAAAUGGGAUUUUGAGCUUUUGGGCUACUGAGUUCUGAUGAUCAGUUUUGACGAUAGUUUCAAGGUCUGAAUGGCAACUGACACAGCACCAGAUGAGAAAGUUCACACCCAUGAAGAGAAGAUUGAAAGGCUCGAGCACACAAUUGACUACUUAAAGAAAGCAAUUGAAGACCUACAGAGAAGUCAGGAUGAACAAAUGCAGCACUUUGAAGGUCGAUUCCAAAAACUGGAAGGCAUGCAGAGUUGCUCUACCUUGGCAAAGCAACCAAAAGAGUUUCGAGGUACUAAAGUAGUGAUGGACCGUGGGGCUAAUCAUGACUUGCAUCCAGGACCCAUAGAUGAGUCUGUGCUGACUCUGCAGUAUGAUCAUAGGUCCACAGCCAUAUGGCGUGGUCAAGAAUUUGAGCCACUUACAUGUAGAAGGUGUGAUGGUGCAUUCUGGCGAUUAGGUGAAUUAGAUUCUCGUAUACAGUGCUUGAUGAUCCAAGCUGGCUUCUAUGGUGUGUAUAAGGCGGGUCAUAUACAAUUAGAUCAUGCUUUAAUCACAGCACUUGUUGAGAGAUGGCGCCAAGAAACUCACACGUUUCAUCUUCCUGUUGGUGAGGCUACUGUCACUCUACAGGAUGUCUCUAUCAUGUGGGGCCUCCCAAUUGAUGGUGAGCCAGUGACUGGGCAUGAUAUAGCUCGGACCACAGAGGAGUGGCAAGAAAUGUGUGAGGAACUAUUAGGAUUUAGACCGCCAUUGAGUGCUUUUGACAGUGGGCGCCUUAAACUGAAAUCCAUAGAGGACCAUUUUGAGGUUGAGCCAUUACAGCCAGAUGCCCCAGAUCAUGUAGUGCAAUUCUUUGCUAGAGCACGCAUACUACAGCUUCUUGGUGGUUUAUUGCUGCCAGAUGCAUCAAAUAAUAAGGUAAAACUAAUGUUUUUGCCUUUGUUAAGGGAUUUUGAGGCAGCUGGCAAGCUUAGUUGGGGUAGUGCUGUCCUUGCUUCAUUAUACCGUGCUCUAUGUCGGGCUACUAAAUCAAAUGUAGAUGGUGUAUGUGGGCCUCUAGUUCUUCUACAGUUAUGGGCAUGGGAGAGAAUACCGCUCAUCCGUCCUGAGAGAUUAGCCCCUCGACAGCAGCCACCAUUUUUUGUGGGGGACAGAGAUCAGCCUUUACCUGCUGGACCUUAUGGCGCUAGGUGGGAUGUUGGAUUUAAGCUGGAAAAGGUGGGAAUGCAUGUCUUGGUUGUGUACAGGGACAUGUUGGACUGCAUGAAGGAUGACCAGUUUGUAUGGCAGCCCUAUGCAGAUAUCAUCACCAGUUUGCCUGACUGCUGCUUAUCUGGACGUGAUAUUUGGCAAACAGUUUCACCUCUUAUAUGUUUUGAUGUCGUAGAACUGCAUUAUCCAAACCGUGUGUUACGUCAAUUUGGUCAGCACCAGGGUAUCCCUGCCGAAUGUGACACUAUUAAGGAACUCCAUUCCGUUGAUCGACGGGGAAGACAAAACACUGAUUGGGUCCAACACCACAAGCAAUAUGUGGACAUGUGGGCAGACCGCCAUGCCCGUGUAGUCUGUGAAUCCCCAGUUGAUGGUCCUAUGGAUUAUUCAGAUCCAUAUAUGAUUUGGUACAGGCGGAUUACCCGUCUAAUAAUUGGCAACCCUGCAAAUCGUACAGACAGUGGAUACCAAGGAGUGGGGGGCGUUAUUGAGCUCAUGGCUCAGAGUUUACAACGGAUCUAUUAUUGCUGUAGUGAUGCAAUAGAUCAGGGGGGUGAAGUUUCCAGAUCUGACAUCCUGAGGGAAAUCCAGGAUUUAUGUAAACAUGCUCUAACUGGAGCUCAUGAAGAUCGACGCCUUACUCUGCGACCAGAUCUAGCUCAACCAGCUCCAAUAGCCGCUACCAUUGUUGGUCCAUCACAGGUUAAGCGGCGUAGACCCCGGAGAGGAGGAAAAAUGGGAUUAUCAAUUGGUGAUCGACUAGCAUUCAACUCUGCAGACAUUUCCUCACCUUAUGCGUCAACUCCAUCUUCUUCACUGGCACCACCAUACCAUUCCCCAACACACUCUCAUGAAGUCUUUACACCAGACGCAGAACCAUAUGUUGCGCUGUCUGCAUCUGCAGCACCUGAAGUUGCUCAUGAAGAUUUUUCAUCAGCUGAGCAUUUAGGCACUGUGGCCAUACCCGUAGAAUCCAAGGUUGAACCAGACACUUCAUUAGCUGAGCCUGUGGACACCAUGAAUGUAGCCACACCCCACGUUUCAAGACAUGAUUCUUCAUCAAUACCCCCAGUCCUGAAUACCACACAGCCCAACAUUUUAGAAUUGGAUAACAUGGUUGGAGCAAUUGCAACAGAGCCAUCGACUGAGAUGUUUGUUACACUGAACUCAACAGUCGAGGAUGAUUUAAUUAUGUCCUGUUUGGAGAAUUCUCAGCGCCCAAAACUGAAGAAAAGAAAGGCCAAAAGUUGACAACUACAGAGAAGAACCCCAGUUCCCAUCUUUUCUUUGCUAAAGUAGUUUGAAGUUGAAGUGAAGUAGAAUCCUUCAUUUCUGUUUGCAGAGUGAAUAUGUUAGUGGCUCUCUAAUUAUCCAUGCAUAUUUUUUGGUUGUUACAUGUAAUUAUGGUUCUUUUUCUUACA